AUGCCAUCGGCCCUUCUGCUUCUGCCGCUUCUCCUCGCCGUCGCCGCUGACUUUUGUGGACCCGACAAGAUUCCUUAUGGAUUCGAGGUACUCACUCGCCCUCAAUGCAAGAAUGAACAUUUGAUUACAAAUUUCAAAUCAGGAAUUUCUUCGGUUGUUGGUAUAUCAUUUACAACUUCCUUAUGAGUCUAGUUUAUCUGAAUGUCAACCUUUUAUUUUAAAAAUUAUGUGCCACUAGGGCACAUCUAAAAAUUUGAAGUACGAUCUUUAAUUUCUUUCUCGAGAUUGUUGGCAAGAGGUCCUCUAUUUGAACUAAAUUGAUCAAUUUUAUCUCAAGUCCGCUGUAAGUGAUUUAUUCAGGUUCACAAGAGCGGCGUCGUCAGGUUGCUAUGCUCUCGGCCCAAUUGUUUCGAAAAGCAUUAUUCUGUAACUAUAACCAUCGAUUCAAUUUUUCAUCCGUUGAUUCAGGAAUGUCCAGAAAGACCUGAAUCGAAAACCUGUUCAGAGAAUGACACGUGGGUUGGAGGACUCGAAAAAACUAUCGAUGGCAGGUUGAACUUCGGACCUUUUUUUGAUCAGGCCGUUUUCAGACUUGUCCUGACUUGCUGCUGGUUCGAAGAUCUUCCAGUUUAUGGCAAUUUGAAACAUUCUGACGUGGGUGGAUUUGGAAUAAUACAGAACCGAUCAAAAAAUUAAGAUAAUUGUGAGGGCAGGCGAGUUCUACGAAGGCGACGAAAAAACAAACGACGAAGAAGACGUACUUUACUUUGACGUCAUCACAAACAUAGAGGAAGCUAAGGAUCGUCAUGGGUUUGUCGAUUUCCAUCUUUCCUUGUAAAAAUAGUCUUCAGACCUUACUAUAAGCUGACUGUAUACCGAUACAACUGCGAAAACGAGCCGGAAAAAAGGCCGGAGUGGUUCAAAAGACGUCAAUGGCCAUACUGGCAGUAUUCCCUAUUUUAG